CUAGGGAUGACUGCACGAUGCUGCUUUUGCAUUUAUGUUAGCUCUCUGCCGUUUGUGGUUGAUAAGUUAGCUGAACGAUAAAAAUUUCUGUUAAACCCAGAGGACAUGAAGAUGCUAUCGCAACUUGAAAAUCUCUAAAAAUCUUCUUAGUUUAUAACGUAAAAAUUAUUGAAUGAAUGUCUUGAUGUAUAUACUGAACUUCAUUAUAAGCUGCUUUGUCUUUUUCAUCAGAGUAUGUAAAUUUAAACAGAAAGAAAAUUCAGAUUUUUUUUAUCGAUAACAUUCAUUAGGUCUAUUUUCAGAAAUUUCAUAAGUACCUUAGUCUAGUUAAGCAAAGUUCAAAACAGAUAUUUGGAUCCAGUUUUCAAACAUUUGGAAAUUCGUUUUAAAACUUACAAGUAGAUCUAUAUAUCAUGCGACAUGCUGUAGAAAUUAGCGAUGAUAAUUAAAUUUAAUGAAAACCAAUUGAAGGGAUAAUAUUUUAAUUCUACGAAAACCAUCAUGAUGACGGCAGCCUCGUGUCGUCCUUCAACAUCUCCGAACAAUAGCUGUGAUGAUGAAAAAAAGAUCGGCGACGUCACCCCAUCCGUGCAGUCAUCACCGAGUUCCAAAGCAGAGGCAAAAACUCUGGCCUUCUCCAUAGCCAAGAUAAUGGAACCCGGUCCAAAGAAGCAAACAAAUCAGCAGCCCUGUCUGGAUUCCGUACUCCUAGAUUUCAAGAAAAAGAUGAAGAAUAUUAACUUAAUGAAUCCUUUAGGUAAUAUGAACAGUAUGAUGAAUAACGGGGUUGUGUCGGGGGUACAUUCUUACGGUGACGUACCCGAUAUGCAUCAAUCAACAUCGUUUGUUGAUUCUGUUUAUGAGGCAACGUUUAAACGAUUAGUCGAUGGAACGGCUCUAAGAUACCAUCUUUCAUCCUAUGGAACAGAAGCACUUUCUCGAUUAUGGCAAAACAGAUCGCAUGAACUAUUGAGACAGUACAGUUUACUUUAUACUCUGUGUCCCUCUCAAGGAAUGAUAGGUCAAGUGCCUGAACCUCCUCGAAAUCGUGAUAAUUGCUAUUGGAGAGAACUACCAGUCUUUACAAGACCUUCCGAACCUUCAUACGGAGGUAAAGUAGUUCGACCUCAGCCGUUAAUUCCUUCUGCAGGAUCUUCGAGUACUAUACACCAGUCAGAACAUAGAACAGUUACCGAUAGGGCACCUAAUACAAGUUCUACAGCCCUCGAAGAAAGAAACAAGAAUUCAAAUAAUGGAGAUUACCAGCAACAAUCAAACCAGUCUAUUAGAUCGAAAAGAUCGAACAACAAACAUAAAACUUUUACUUGUCCCGAAUGUGGAAAAGUGUUUAAUGCUCAUUAUAAUCUGACAAGGCAUAUGCCCGUUCACACUGGUGCUCGACCGUUUGUUUGUAAAGUUUGCGGGAAAGGGUUCAGACAGGCAAGCACACUCUGUAGACACAAAAUUAUUCAUACUCAAGAGAAACCCCAUAAAUGCCAAACGUGUGGCAAGGCAUUUAAUCGGAGCUCCACUCUCAACACUCACAUCAGAAUUCACGCAGGUUACAAGCCUUGGGUAUGCGAAUAUUGUGGGAAAGGAUUUCAUCAAAAGGGAAAUUAUAAAAAUCACAAAUUGACUCAUAGCGGGGAGAAAGCUUACAAAUGUUCGGUGUGCAAUAAAGCUUUUCAUCAAGUAUAUAAUCUAACCUUCCACAUGCACACACACAAUGAUAAAAAACCCUACACGUGUAAGGUAUGCGGCAAAGGAUUUUGUAGAAAUUUCGACUUAAAAAAACACAUGAGGAAAUUGCACGAAUCUAAUCAACAAUCUCAAAAUGGAGUGACUUCCACUAUGUCAAAUUCGACUCAUUCGAAUCCAUCUGUAAAUGUGAGUCUCGUAAAUCCAUUUUUCGUAACUCCGAGCACUAGUAAUUAUUUGGAACCUCUUUCAGGAAUUAUAUAAAUUUGUCCACCUCUCUAAUCAGUUUGCAAUAUAAAAAUUAUAGUAGUAUGGAUUCACGAUGUUCUCUAAAUUUAUUACGCAUUUAGUUAGAUUAUCUUUAAUAGGAAUUUAAAAAUCUGUCUAUGAA